AUGGACCCUCUCUCUAUCACCGUUACCGUCUUAGCCUUACUGCAAACAUCGAUCAAAAUCACCAGUCGACUCAGAGUCGCCUACUCACGCCAACAGGCACAAUCCAGCUUGCUAGAACAGCACCAUGAGGAUUUACGAGGUACCGAGAUUGUCUUAAAGGUUAUUCACAGCCAGAGAUGUCUUGGGACAGCAGCUGUGACAUCCGAGUUGAUAAAAAUGAAGGAUCUGUCGCAGGAGCUCCUCACGUUUCUUAAGCGGCUAGAUCCAGGGAAGAAGUCUAUUUCACGCCAGAUUGCCCAUCAACUCACCAGCGGAUCAAAAGAUGAGGGACAUUUCGACAGUAUUGUGAAAAGAAUGAAUACUGCGAAGACAGACAUCAUCCUGCAUGUACAGCUUGCUAGUGUUGGGCUUACGCGUGAUGGCCAAAGCAACAUUGUCGCCAACACAACUGAAAUCAAUCAACUUGACCGGACCAUAAGAGAGCUACUUGGUGAUGGACGGGGGUUGAGGAUUGCGAGUCUGAUAAAAAAUCAGACUCUGCAUGAAGAUGGUACACUUGUUAUAGACCCAGAUGACUUGAAUCACAUUGGCGUAUCUGUUCCCAAUGGAGGAGAUACUCGAAUGGUUAUUGGCAACUUAACGAGACCGCAAGCGCUCCAGAUCAACGGACCAGUCGGCGAAAAUGAGUGGAAGAGCAUUAGUUACCUUGAGAUUAGAGAUAACGAGGCCGGUUCAGCCAGCUCACAGGUCAACUAUGCUGUUUCUGGUACCGUCUUUACCACUCUCCUGUUUGACCAUACCAUCAAAUACGUUUUGCUAUUUGUUUUGAUCUAUGUUGCUCUUGGUAUUCUUUUCAGCAAGAAUUGA